UUUCUGCUUUUUAAAAUGGCCACUCUUGAUCUGUAACUGUCUCUUAUUUCUGAAUUAGCCUUAGAAUUAGGUGUUACAUGAAUACUUGCUCUUUUCUGUUAUUCUGUUGCCCUGCAUUUUGUUCCAGAUGUUUUAAGUCCUCUCCAGACUUCACUUAAAUGCUUCCUUUGUAUUAUUUUUUCCCAGUUAUAACAUUAGAUUGUGAUUUCUGUUAUUAAAUUGACAUGGCUGCAUGAAGAAAUGAUAGAUUAAUUUCUUCCUUUGAUGAAGGAGGGUAGGACUGCUCCUUUGGUCUCACUCUUAAGGCCAGGGCAAAACCAGAACUGGUGGCUGUGUCAGAAAUCUAAUGUGUUUUUCUUUUUUUAAAAUUUGUGAAAUAUCCACCCAUGUAAAUUUAGACAAUAUCUGUACAAUUCAAUGAAAAAUUAUAGAUUAAUGCUGGUGUAACUACUUUUUCAAGAAAUAAUGCCAGUAUCCCUAAAACCUUUGUGGGUUCUUUCUGGAACACGGCUUCUCAAGCCCUAUGGACAACUGUUACUCUGUGAUAAUAGCAUUCUUUUUCUUUUUGCCUUUGCCACCUUUGUAACCCUUAACCUAGUUUACCUUUGUUUCUUUUUGAGUUUUAUAUAAAUGGAGUCAUGCUGUAUUAUCUUGUCUUUUUUUGGCAUAAUAUUUCUGAAAUUCUUCACAUUGUGUGCAGCUGUUCAUUCCCGUUUUUUAUGUAGUAUUCUGUUGUAUGAAUAUACCAUAACGUAUUUAUCUAUGGCACUAUUGAUAGACAUCUGGGUUGCUUCCACGUUUUGGCUGUUAACAAACUGCUGCUGUGGAUGUUCUUGUGAACCCUAAGGACUCUGCAAUAUGAAUAAUUCCCUGGAGAACACCAUCUCCUUUGAAGAGUAUAUCCGAGUAAAGGCACGGUCUGUCCCGCAACACAGGAUGAAGGAAUUUCUGGACUCACUGGCUUCUAAGGGGCCAGAAGCCCUGCAGGAGUUCCAGCAGACAGCCACCACUACCAUGGUGUACCAACAGGGUGCGAACUGCAUAUACACAGACAGCACCGAAGUGGCUGGGUCUUUGCUUGAACUUGCCUGUCCAGUCACCACCAGUGUUCAGCCACAAACCCAGCAAGAACAGCAGAUCCAGGUUCAGCAGCCACAACAGGUUCAGGUCCAGGUGCAGGUACAGCAGUCUCCGCAACAGGUCUCGGCUCAGCAGCUCUCCCCACAACUCACUGUUCACCAGCCUACUGAGCAACCCAUCCAGGUCCAGGUGCAGAUCCAAGGCCAGGCACCACAGUCAGCAGCCCCCUCCAUUCAGACCCCGUCUCUGCAGAGUCCCAGUCCCUCGCAGCUGCAAGCAGCUCAGAUCCAGGUGCAGCACGUGCAAGCGGCCCAGCAGAUCCAGGCUGCAGAAAUCCCGGAGGAGCACAUCCCACAUCAGCAAAUCCAGGCUCAGCUGGUGGCUGGCCAGUCUCUUGCUGGUGGUCAGCAGAUCCAAAUCCAGACCGUGGGUGCCCUUUCCCCACCACCAUCCCAGCAGGGCUCACCCCGGGAAGGGGAGCGGCGGGUUGGCACAGCCAGUGUCCUCCAGCCAGUGAAGAAGCGCAAAGUGGACAUGCCCAUCACUGUGUCCUACGCCAUCUCAGGGCAGCCGGUGGCUACCGUGCUGGCCAUUCCACAGGGCCAGCAGCAGAGUUAUGUGUCUUUGAGGCCAGACUUGCUGACAGUAGACAGUGCCCACCUGUACAGUGCCACUGGGACCAUUACUAGCCCUACAGGAGAAACCUGGACCAUCCCUGUUUAUUCUGCCCAGCCCCGGGGGGACCCUCAGCAGCAGAGCAUUACCCACAUUGCCAUUCCCCAGGAAGCCUACAACGCAGUUCAUGUCAGUGGCUCACCCACGGCCCUGGCAGCUGUAAAGCUGGAGGAUGACAAGGAGAAGAUGGUGGGCACCACAUCUGUAGUAAAAAACUCCCAUGAAGAGGUAGUGCAGACCCUUGCAAACUCUCUCUUUCCAGCACAGUUCAUGAAUGGCAACAUCCACAUUCCAGUGGCUGUGCAGGCUGUGGCAGGCACGUACCAGAAUACGGCUCAAACUGUCCAUAUAUGGGACCCCCAACAGCAGCCGCAGCAGCAAACUCCCCAGGAACAGACGCCACCACCCCAGCAACAGCAGCAGCAGCUCCAAGUUACUUGUUCAGCUCAGACUGUCCAGGUUGCUGAAGUUGAACCACAAUCACAGCCACAGCCUUCCCCAGAACUUCUGCUUCCAAAUUCUUUGAAGCCAGAAGAAGGGCUUGAAGUAUGGAAAAACUGGGCCCAGACCAAGAAUGCUGAACUAGAGAAAGAUGCUCAGAACAGAUUGGCACCCAUUGGGAGGCGCCAGCUGCUGCGAUUCCAGGAAGAUCUCAUCUCCUCUGCUGUGGCAGAGUUGAAUUAUGGGCUCUGUCUAAUGACACGGGAAGCUCGAAAUGGAGAAGGUGAACCCUAUGACCCAGAUGUGCUCUACUAUAUUUUCCUGUGUAUUCAAAAGUAUCUUUUUGAAAAUGGAAGGGUAGAUGACAUUUUCUCCGAUCUUUAUUAUGUUCGGUUCACGGAGUGGCUACAUGAAGUUCUGAAGGAUGUUCAGCCCCGGGUCACUCCACUUGGCUAUGUCCUGCCCAGCCACGUGACUGAGGAGAUGCUCUGGGAGUGCAAGCAGCUUGGGGCUCACUCCCCCUCUACCUUGCUGACCACCCUCAUGUUCUUUAAUACCAAGUACUUCCUGUUGAAGACAGUGGACCAGCACAUGAAGCUGGCCUUCUCCAAGGUUUUGCGACAGACAAAGAAAAACCCCUCUAAUCCCAAGGAUAAAAGCACAAGUAUCCGGUAUUUGAAGGCCCUUGGAAUACACCAGACCGGCCAGAAAGUUACAGAUGACAUGUAUGCAGAACAGACGGAAAAUCCAGAGAAUCCAUUGAGAUGUCCCAUCAAGCUCUACGAUUUCUACCUCUUCAAAUGCCCCCAGAGUGUGAAAGGCCGGAAUGACACCUUUUACCUGACACCUGAGCCAGUGGUGGCCCCCAACAGCCCAAUCUGGUACUCAGUCCAGCCUAUCAGCAGAGAGCAGAUGGGACAAAUGCUGACCCGGAUCCUGGUGAUAAGAGAAAUUCAGGAGGCCAUCGCAGUGGCCAAUGCAAGCACUAUGCACUGAGAUGCCUUGGCCAUGGUGGAAGAGAAACCAGCCAGGAAAAACCAGACUUUCACACUAAAGAAGAGGCCUCCGUUUUUUCUUUUUUCUUUUUUUAUUGGUGUAGUUAUGAAGCCUUUCAGGCUGCUUCUGUUUAAAAUGUAAAAGAAAACUUUGCCCCCUUUGCAUCUUCAUAAACAUGCUGCGGCAGACUCCUCAGCCAAUGGGGGCUUUGGGUUUCCUUGAGAAUCAUAGGUCCUAGAAAGUUGCUGGCUGACUCUUUUUUGGCCUGGGGCCUGGGGAAAGGGCUUGGACUGUUAAAAGAAAUGUGGCCCCUUUCCAUCUUCAAGAGAGAUGGAAUUAAUGAUGGAUGGACCCUGCAGGAAAUCUCCCCAGCCCGCUUCCACUGGGCUGACAGACUUCGCUGACCACAGGGAAACGAUGUUCUUUUCUUUCUUCAUGCUCAGACAUAAACUUAGCAUCUUAAUGGAAGAAAAAUGAGGGGAACUUCAAUUAUGAUUUACUAAAGACAAUUUCUAUUACACCCUCCUUUAUGACAAGUGACAUUUUAGAUGUUAAAGUAAAAACUUUACCAUGCCUUUUUUUUUUUUUUGGGCCUAUCAUUGAGGCCUUAAAACCUGAGGCUCCUGUGCCUGAUGGAAUUCUUGUAACAUACACUUGUGUAUCAUAUAAAGAUACCACUCUGUUUCUCUUAUGUAUUCUUACUCUAGUUGUUUAUUAAGAAUGACAAGCACGUCUUUUCAACA